AUGGAUGUCGCUUUGGAGUUUCUCAAUCCUCUUGUUUUGGACAAGGCCUACGCAUGGGCAUUGCCUGCUUCCAACCUCAGCUUAGGGAACUCCUCAUACUCUGAGUUUUCGGCCGCUAAAGACGCGCCCACGUCCCAAUGGCCACGCGACAACCUCUAUCGCCAGAUCGUAUCGAUACUCGUCAUCACUCAGCUCGGCGCGACUCUUCUCUACCUUUUUUUCAGUUCUCUGUCAUAUUAUUUUGUAUUUGAUCGACGACUCGAGUACCACCCUCGCUUUUUGAAGAACCAAGUCCGUCAAGAGAUAGUGUCUUCACUCUCCGCCGUCCCAUUCAUCAAUCUUUUGACCCUGCCUAUCUUCCUGGCCGAGGUCCGUGGCAAAAGCUUGCUCUACGCCGACACCAGCGACUAUGGCUGGCCUUGGUUGUUGAUUUCAGCCACACUUUACAUGGCUUUCAAUGAUUUUGCCAUCUACUGGAUCCACCGCCUGGAACAUCACCCCAGUGUGUACAAAUACAUCCACAAGCCACACCACAAAUGGAUUGUUCCUACGCCAUGGGCUGCGCUAGCCUUUCACCCGCUUGACGGAUUUGUGCAAUCAUUGCCAUACCACCUUUUUGUCUUCAUCUGUCCAAUGCAGAGGUACCUGUACUUGGUCCUCUUCGUUGGUGUCCAGAUUUGGACCAUCUUCAUUCACGACGGCGACAUGAUCACAGGCCACUGGACGGAGAAGUUUAUUAACAGUCCCGCCCACCACACGUUGCACCACAUGUACUUCACAGUCAACUACGGGCAGUACUUUACCUUUGCCGACACCUACUUUGGCUCUCAUAGGGCGCCGCAACCAGAGUUGGACCCUAUUCAUGAUGCCCUCAAGGUUAUGCGGGCGAAGGGACUUGUGGAUGAGCAGGGCAACCCUAUCAAACACCCCAAAAGCGAAUAG